GCUUUUUUUUUUACCAAAUUUCAAACUAUAUUAUUUAAAGGUAUUUUAUGAAGCCUUGCAACCCUGAAACUAAUCUCUUUCUAUUCGAUUAUUGGUUCUUUGGUUGACGGUUCAUUUUCUGUCACGCGGUUUUCGCAAGUUGGCAGUACCUUCAUGCUGUCUUUUUCUGCUCGGCAAUUUUUCCAUCCCGUUGCACCGUUGCAUUUGUAAAGUUUUUUUAAUUAAUUCAAACCUUUAAGUGGUCAGAAAUGAGUAAUUUAAGAGAAAUGGAUUUAAGUGACUCGAAAGUUGCUGAGCAACAGACUAGCUACCAAAAUGACGAGUCAAGUGGCGAAAACGCAGAGCCUGCUCCGCCAAAUACAUUGCUACAAUGUGUUCUGGAUAAUAAUCAGCAACACGAGAAAUUGACCAGUCGCUGGGUCAACUUUUAUAUGGAAAGUCCUACAGCCGCAUUGCUUGAGCUAAUGCAGUUUGUGGUGGAGGCCAGUGGUAGUCACUACCAGAUCCCCAAGGACUCUCCCAUGCCAUUCUCCUACAAGGACAUAUUGAUGGCCAGUACAGCCAAGUUCCAAAGUGUCAGCAUGUAUUAUCCACUGAUUAUGAAGAAGGCCAAAUCGUUUGCGAGCAAUGUGAUCGGCUUUAUAGAGGCUUUACUAAAGGCACUGGGUGCCACGCCCAGUAUUCUCGACAACAUGUUUUUGGGCGAAUUUACGGGCUUUUUGAUAGCCUGUUCGGAGUGCACAAUUCGCCCCUUUCGCCAUACAGGCACAAUGAUUGGUCUAAAAAUGAUGACAAUUUUAAGCGAUCUAAACUCCGUGGAAGGUGGUUCCCUGGGAACACUGUGGAUGCGGAUGUUCAACAGCCUGUUUUUGGAUCGCCGCCAGGAUGUGGUGAACGACAUAAGGCUGCUUUGUCUCCACGAACUUGGCGAGUGGUUCAGCAGGUAUCCAAAUUGUCACCUCCAUCCGCACCGCUUGCGAUUUUUCUUCGAAGCCCUGCAGGAUUGCUCGGUGGAAGUAAAACAGUGCUGCCUGGAGAAUAUCUUACGACUUUCCCUCUACGAAGACCUUCGUCCCAUGUGCUUGGAAUUGGGGGGAGAAUUCUCGGAGCAAUUACGCACCAUUGCCGUGGAUAGGGAGAAUGAAAUGGGAGUGCAAUCCUUGCGCAUCUUGACCGAUUGCUAUGGAUCCUCUCCAGAAAUUCUCAACGACACCGAUUUUCGUAUGCUAGAGCAACUAAUGCUGGCCUCAAAUCGUGGAUUAGCUCAGGCAGCAGCGAAGUUGUUCAUUAUGCGAAGAAUGGAAACCGAAGGGGAUUGCUUUUCACGAAAGAUUCGUCCUCUGCUGGAGUUUUUCGUUGAUGAGAGUCAACAUGAACAUGCUGCCUAUCUGGUGGAUUCUUUGCUCGAAGAUUGUGAAACGGUUCUAAACUGGGAGCCCAUGAUAGAGAUGCUAAUGCAGGAUCAGGACCCAAACCUUACCGAAGUCGAAAGCUCUGCCUUAAUUGAAAUCCUCUCUAAAGGAGUGAAGCAGGCGAUCACAGGGGAGAUUCCGCCAGGAAGAUAUACCGAAGAUCUAAAGAGGGAACCCAUGCCAGGAGCUCAGGAGAAGGCCACCAGGCUCUUGGCACCUGUUUUUCACGAUCUCCUUGACAAAUAUGACAAACGUUCUGGAGAUUUGGAAAAUCUUUUGGAACUGCCGCAGCAUUUUAGUCUAGAGUACUACCAGCAGGAUGAUAAGCUUGGGGAACUUCACAAAUUAAUGGAUCAGAUCGAAACCAUUAUAUUCGUUCACAUCGAGAACCGCGUGCUUCGUACGGCAGCUCACACGCUGGAGGUUCUCCAUGAAAUUCCCUCCACCAGGGCGCAUAUAAAGCAGUUGCUGAACAAUGCUGUGACCAAUUACAGGAUUGCACUGCGCUCUUGGCAGGCUUCGUAUGGCAUGCCCAACUUCAGCCCCUCUUCCACAUCCUCCUUUGCAUCCUCGAGCUCCAAAAAAAGUCCACAGAGUCGGGCGCGCCGUCUGCUGAAUACCCUACGUUUGGUUUCAGCCCUCUACGGACGUUUCAAUCUCAGUGUCUGGAAGUUGACGGAGUCCGUGCUGUCCAGUCUGAAGCGAGUGAUCAGGGAGCAGGAACGACCGGGAAAAGAUGCCCUGCCCACCGAGGCAGUGGGUCUCUAUCUAGAGGUUGCCUACUUCAGCUUAAACUGGGACUUGAAGAGUUUCAGGGUGGAGGCUGCAGACAAUCAGAGAAUGGAGGAGACGGCUGCAUCGCUUAAGAAGCACUUGGAAGACUUUCUAUUUGUUACCUUCGAGCAGGUGGUUAGUGAGUGCAAUCUCCCAGUCGCAUAUAAUUCCUUUUCUUUCAUAUGCGAUCUGUUUGUGCUAUACGGAGAUCAAUUGCGAGAAAGUACAAACUUCUGGGUACGUUCCCUUAUGUACCAGCCGUCUCUAAAUGAAAUAGAGCUGCUGGAAAUGUCUGUCCUGCGAAAUAUUUUAAAUUGCAGUCCUUUGGAAAUUAUGAAAGAAAAUAACUUUGAUCAACUGCAAGAUAUGCGACGCCUAGUGGCCAGCUACUGCAAACUGGUAGUUUUCAAUGUAUUUCCCGUCAUGAGAGCCUCUAAGGUCUUUCAGUAUUACGAAAAGUACAAUGCACCAUUUGGCGAUAUAAUGAGAAGCUCCAUGGAACUAGCCCUGAACAAUAAUUCUGUUAAUUUUGGUAUGACAGUACUUCACACCUGUUUGCUGCCAUACGAGAAGAUUCUGAAGGAUAAUAAUGGAGAAGUAUUGAGGUCCUUUCGCUCGACAGAGUUCUCCGAACUUAUCAGCCUGGCCAAACGAUUGGCGGAAACAUUCAAUUCCAAUCUCGUGGAGAAUCGCCAUGGUGUGAUAGCUCUUCACACAGCCGGCAUUAUGUAUGUUAUGGAAUCGGUUCACGAUGAACCCACCACGGAUGCCCCAAAAAAUCUACUCUUUUUGCGUGUUAUCCAGGAGUUUGCGCCACAGGUCCUGGCACAGGACCGUGUUACACUGCUGCAAAUGCUACAGCCCAUUGAGCAGCCGACAUUGCCUUCUUGUCGCAGCGAGGAGUGGCAGCCAUUGGAAGGAUAUCUUUCCGCUUUGAAUCAGUCUUCAAAGCCAACACGUCGUCGGGAUUCUUCGGUUUUAGCUUAAAGAAACAAUUACCCGAAUUGUUGCCAAUAACAAAAACAUAUGUUU